CUAGGUGACGUGGCACCGGGAACAUUAGUAGCUACUCCUCAGCAGCACGCUCUUUACCGGGCAGCACCGAGCCGUUCGAGACGACUUUCUUCCCCUCAGGGCUGUACGAUCGAGAUAAUGGCGUCAAAUAACAGUCAGGUUGGAAAGUGGGAAGUCGUGAAAAAAAGCAAGAAACCGGGCACCGCCGGCAGCGGAGGGAAAAAUCUCGGGGAGAAGAAAACUGGACGGAAAGCUCUGAGCGAAUCCAACAUGACGAGGACCGACCAGUUUCCUCCCCUGGUGACAUCGGGGACAUUGUUCGAGGCUUUUGAGAAGAUGGGGAAGAAGCAUAACAAGGAGCAGGUUCCUCCAGCUGAGCCCAGCAACAAGAAGCCUUCAGCGGGCAAACAGAAGGCCAAGCUUCCCCCUGCCUCUACACAGACACACAACACACACAAGAACCUGGAGGAUGCAUUCAAAGCUAUGGACGUGGGGGAGCUGAAGCAGCAGUUGGACCGGAGCCAGACUCUGUUCCCUGACAACCCGUCAGUCUGGGUCAAAGACCUGGCAGGAUACCUCAACCACGCCCUGGCUGCUCCGGAGACUGAUCCCACCCUCAGCAGCUACACACAUGAUUACCCAUACUGCCUUGCGGGGAAGGAGCUGAGGGGCGUAGUCAAAGCUUUGAUUGGUCGCUGCAACGAGAGUCUACAGGACUUCUAUGACCACUGUGUUUACACCAUGCUGAGAGAACUGGACAAACAGACAGGAGAGCCUCUCCAUGGUUACCGGGUGUGUAUCCAGGCCAUCCUACAAGACAAGCCCAGAAUGGCUACACAGAACCUUCCUGACUAUCUGGAGUUGUUGCGGUCAGUUCAGAACCGUCCGGUCAAGUGUCUGACAAUCAUGUGGUCUCUGGGACAGGCUGGCUACUACGACCUCAGCCAGGGGCUACGAGUAUGGCUGGGUAUCAUGCUGCCAGUCCUGGGGGUGAAGGCCUUGUCGUCCUACGCCAUUGCAUACUUGGAGAGACUACUGCUGCUCCAUGUUAACCUGACUAAAGGUUUUGGGGUCAUGGGACCUAAAGACUUCUUCCCUCUGCUGGACUUCGCCUACAUGCCAAAGAAUGCCCUGUCACCAAGCCUCCAGGAGCAGCUGUGUCGUCUGUACCCUCGUCUGAAGGUGUUGGCUUUUGGGGCAAAGCCCGAGAUGACCCUCCACACCUACCUGCCCUCCUUCCUGUCCCGGGCCACGCCCCACUGCCCUGAAGAUAUGAAGAGAGAGUUGCUGAGCUCCAUGACGGAGUGUCUCUCUGUGGACCAUCAGAGUCUGGGGGUGUGGAGACAGCUCUACACCAAACACUUACCACAGUCCAGUCUGCUGUUAAACCAUCUACUGAAGUCCUGGAACACCCUGCCACCCAAGUUGCGCGGUUGGCUGCAGGAGACUGUCCAGUCAUUCAGAGUGACCAAUGAGGAGCUGAGAGACACUGCUAACUCUACUGACCUACAGGACUGUAACAAGCUCUGUCACUGUCUCCAGUUGAAGAUGUCAGGACGAGGUUUCCCCUGGUCCAGACUCUUUAUGGCUUUACUGGUGUUUGCUGCUGGGUUCAUUACACACGACAUCCGAUCCCGUGGCUCCUUCACAGACUCCACCACAGCAAGCUAUCUCCACAGUUCAGGGGUGAUGGGAGUGUCUCAACAGGCCUGGAGCAAAGUCACCCUCUACUCACAACAGGGCUUCAGCUGGCUGGAUACCAACACUCCCUACUACUACUCAGAGUGUGUACGUGUGUUGAGUCCGGUACUGGAGCAGACCUGGGAGAGAACUAAAGAUGCUGCCAUCUACAUCUCACAACUCACAACACAACUCAUUGACUGGAUCAAUCACAACACACCCCUACUAGUAGAAUGGCUGAGUUCCAGCACUCCGGACAGUGUGUUCCUGCUGAUAGACUAUCUGAAGCAGCUGUUACUGUUCCUCCAUACCAACUACCUGCUGCCAGCUCUCUCACACGCCUCCCAUCUAAUAGUACAGGCCUGGACGGCACUGCAGGACUCCUGCAGUGGGGAGGUGUCUGUAUCAUGUCUCCAGACCUACGCCCUCUCUCUGACCAACUCUACCUGGCUCCUGCUACAAGACACCAGCAACGCCAUCAAGACCUGGAUACAAGACCUGCUUCAGACCUGAUACACACACACACACACACACACACACACACACACACACACACACACACACACACACACACACACACACACACACACACACACACACGCACAUUUAUACUGAUACACACACAUACUUCAUGCAUAUACACGCUUUAAACACAGUCUGAGACUCUUUGCUUGCGUUGCUCUGGCCUCCUCCCUUAGCCAUCUCUCUCUGACUCUCAUGGGCUUUAUUGGCAUGGGAAAUGUGUUUACAUUACCAAGUGAAAUAACCAACAACUACUAAAACCAACAGUCUGUCUCUAGCUAGGUGAAAUAGACAACAGUCUGUCACUAGCUAGGUGAAAUAAACAACAGUCUGUCACUAGCUAGGUGAAAUAAACAACAGUCUGUCACUAGCUAGGUGAAAUAAACAACAGUCUGUCACUAGCUAGGUGAAAUAAACAACAGUCUGUCACUAGCUAGGUGAAAUAAACAACAGUCUGUCACUAGCUAGGUGAAAUAAACAACAGUCUGUCACUAGCUAGGUGAAAUAAACAACAGUCUGUCACUAGCUAGGUGAAAUAAACAACAGUCUGUCACUAGCUAGGUGAAAUAAACAACAGUCUGUCACUAGCUAGGUGAAAUAAACAACAGUCUGUCACUAGCUAGGUGAAAUAAACAACAGUCUGUCACUAGCUAGGUGAAAUAAACAACAGUCUGUCACCAGCUAGGUGAAAUAGCAGACCAGUCCACUCUGGUCCAACAGCUGGCAGAGAGCGCAGGUAGGCUAGUCUACACGAGGACAUUAUUAUGGAUAAGAGAGAGCGCUGGUAGGCUAGUCUACACGAGGACAUUAUUAUGGAUAAGAGAGAGCGCUGGUAGGCUAGUCUACACGAGGACAUUAUUAUGGAUAAGAGAGAGCGCUGGUAGGCUAGUCUACACGAGGACAUUAUUAUGGACAAGAGAGAGCGCUGGUAGGCUAGUCUACACGAGGACAUUAUUAUGGACAAGAGAGAGCGCUGGUAGGCUAGUCUACACGAGGACAUUAUUAUGGACAAGAGAGAGCGCUGGUAGGCUAGUCUACACGAGGACAUUAUUAUGGAUAAGAGAGCGCUGGUAGGCUAGUCUACACGAGGACAUUAUUAUGGACGAGAGAGAGCUGGUAGGCUAGUCUACUAGAGGACAUUAUUAUGGAUAAGAGAGAGCGCUGGUAGGCUAGUCUACACGAGGACAUUAUUAUGGAUAAGAGAGAGCGCUGGUAGGCUAGUCUACACGAGGACAUUAUUAUGGAUAAGAGAGAGCGCUGGUAGGCUAGUCUACACGAGGACAUUAUUAUGGAUAAGAGAGAGCGCUGGUAGGCUAGUCUACACGAGGACAUUAUUAUGGAUAAGAGAGAGCGCUGGUAGGCUAGUCUACACGAGGACAUUAUUAUGGAUAAGAGAGAGCGCUGGUAGGCUAGUCUACACGAGGACAUUAUUAUGGAUAAGAGAGAGCGCUGGUAGGCUAGUCUACACGAGAACAUUAUUAUGGACAAGAGAGAGCGCUGGUAGGCUAGUCUACACGAGGACAUUAUUAUGGAUAAGAGAGCGCUGGUAGGCUAGUCUACACGAGGACAUUAUUAUGGAUAAGAGAGAGCGCUGGUAGGCUAGUCUACACGAGGACAUUAUUAUGGAUAAGAGAGAGCGCUGGUAGGCUAGUCUACACGAGGACAUUAUUAUGGAUAAGAGAGAGCGCUGGUAGGCUAGUCUACACGAGGACAUUAUUAUGGACAAGAGAGGUAUUCGUCAAACAACAGUCAAGCAUCGAUCAUCAUGUCACCACUUCUAUUGUAAAGGAGCAUCAAGAUCCCAGUGCACUUUCACCACCCUGUGAAGUUCAUCGUAACUUAUUUCAUGUGUAGCCUCAUAAGGAGCACACACCAUAUCACGCGACUCCAACUUUACUUCCAUAUGAUGGUUAUUAUAUCAGUAUUUGCAUAGUAAGUCAUUUCCACCGCCAUUUCUUGCAUAAUACAUUUUACAGACACAAACAGAUCUAUCUCUCUCUCAGCCGUGUCUCAGAUCCUCUCCCUCCGUCUGUUCUCUAUCUCCCCCUCAUCCUCUCUGUCCGUCUCUAGCUUGUAGUAAAUAUUUCUACCAAAACGUCAAUCUCUCUCUGGGAUCCCCUCCCCCCCCUCUCUCCCCCUCCCCUCUCUGAGAUCCCAUUCCUCUCUUUUCUAUAAAAACUGAUUUAUAAACGUGUUAUUUUAUUAGAGGGAGGGUUAUUAGCGCUGUAUUCAGGGUCAUAAACUGGUUAUUCAUGUUUAUAAAUACAGGAGCUCUGUUAGGGGGAGGUUGUCUUGCUCCUGAAAUCAAACAGUCUCUUUCUGUCUCUCUGUCGUCUCUCUAUCUCUCCUCGUCACUCUCCUAUCUCUCCUCGUCUCUCUCCUCGGUCUCUCUUGUCUCUCUCCUCGGUCUCUCUCUUGUCUCUCUCUCCUCGGUCUCUCUCUUGUCUCUCUCUCCUCGGUCUCUCUCUUGUCUCGUCUCUCUCUUGUCUCGUCUCUCUCCUCGGUCUCUCUCUUGUCUCGUCUCUCUCCUCCUCCCCUGACAGUGCUAACCUGCUGAGCUAAUAAACACUGAGACUGGACUACUGCUGCUUCACUCUGUUUACUUGAAGGCUGAUGAUGUUCUGUGCGUUGGGGUGAUGAUUGACCUCUGUCCUAAUCCCCCCUCCCCUUUCUCCCUGUUACGACUGAUUUAUGUCAGGGUUUUUGUUGUUAAUUUGUUACUUUAUACAUAUGGAAAUGAUUUCUAAUAAAGACUCCAGCCCCA